AUGGCUGUUCAUUCUAAGGACGAGGCCUUGAUGUGCAAGGUGUUCCCAUCCAGUCUGGGACUUAUGGCGAUGAGAUGGUUUGACGGCCUAAGGGCAGAUUCCAUAGAUUCCUUCAAGGAGCUCACUUGGGUAUUUGGCUCUUGUUUUAUUACAUGUAUCAAGGUCCCUCGACCCUUAGACUCCCUACUGUCUUUGUCCAUACGAGAAGGGGAGACUUUGAAAACAUACUCGGACAAGUACUGGGAGAUGUACAAUGAGAUAGAUGAUAACUUUGAUGAUGUCGACAUCAGUACUUUCAAGAGUGGCCUCCUAACCGAGCAUGGUUUAAAGAAGUCCCUAACAGGAAAACUUGUCACCAACCUACGCCAACUUAUGGACCAGAUUGACAAAUAUAAAAGGGUUGAGGAAGACCAACAACUGAGUAAAGGAAAGGUUAAGGCUAUCCCUCAAGAGAGAAGGGAUUUCAAGUCGGACCAAUAUAAUAAUAACUGA